UUUCGUCCUGUCCCGACCCGAGAAGCCGAGGAGACGGAGCCCGAGCAGCGUGAGCCGCGGGCCCCGGCCCCCUCCAAGGAGCCGGCCGCCGGGGCCCCGGCCGCAUCCGUGAUGCAGAUGCACUGCCAGUGCCACCUGUGCGUGAGCACGUUCCAGGCCCAGAUGAGCCUGAGCGUGCACUUCAAGGAGCACUAUGCCCCGAAGAUCUACGAGUGCGCUGAGUGCCAGAAGACCUUCAAGCAGAAGGGCAGCCUGACUGUCCACGAGCGGAUGCACACGGGGGAGAAGCCCUACGUGUGCCUGGACUGCGGUAAAUGCUUCCGCAACGGAGGCAACCUCACGGUGCACCGGCGCGUCCACACGGGCGAGCAGCCGUACAAGUGUGACGCCUGUGGCACCGGCUUCAGCCAGAAGGGCAGCCUCGUGGUGCACCUGCGCAUCCACACGGGACAGAAACCGUACGAGUGCACGCAGUGUGGGAAGCGGUUCAGCACCCGCGGGAACCUGGUCAAGCACCUCCGCGUGCACACGGGAGACCGGCCGUACAAGUGCAGCCAGUGCGAGAAGACGUUCACGCAGAGGGGCAGCCUGACCGUGCACAUGCGGAGCUGCGCCAAGGCCGCCCACCUCGCCUGCUGUGUGCCCGACGGCUGCUUCCCGUAACUUGGCUUGUUUCGCUUUCCUUCGCCCCUUCAACCGCAACGGCCACUUUCCUUCGCCCUCUCAACCGCAAGGACCGCCGAACAACAUGCCCCCAGACCCAGACGGGCAGCUUGUUUUCCUUUGCUUUUACCGAUCUCAACGUGCUUGAGGUCACAGGGAGGCUAUUUAGUUCCCAUUUUAUUUUGUGCCAUAUCACCCUGUUUGCUCUGUUCUUUGGUGUCUUUUUAGGAUAUGAAUCAGCUUUAAAUAAUCCCUUCUGCAGGUAAUGUCUUUUCUUGUCGACAAAACUCAAAAGAACACCGAGUUCCGAGCAAUGAUUAUUGUAUCUUGAGUGCAAAGACGGCUUGAGUUGUGAUGCCAGUUUGUCUUAUCAAAGGAGACUUGGACUGGAGGUGCAUUUGGCUGAUUCUGUCAUUAGCCAGGUUGAAUUUCUGCCAUCAUUAAAAACAAAGUACCCUUACAAGUACCCUCCUUAACAUCUGAUGUAGGCCUCUGUUGAAUACACUAGUAGAUUAUGAAUUACUGUCCACAAUACUGCCAAUCCGGUAAUGGACUUUGAAGUUUUCUUUGCCAACAUUUCUUUACCGUAUGUAAAAAGUAUCUUCUUUUUGUAUAUUACCUUUUACCGUUUAUUUCUCGAAGUUAAAGUAUUCACAUGGGAUCAUCCUGCAGUAACAUGUUCAAAGAUAACUUUAGUGAGCUACCAAACCAGGUGUGUCCGACAAAAGGUCCCACCCUACAAGCGAUCAACAUCUUUCUGUCUUGGCAAUCUUUAGUUGGAACUUGACAUAUUGACACUAUCAUUAAGGCAUUUAUGUAACUUAGGAACAAUAUCUUUGGGGCGCUGGCCCCAUCCAUCUAUCAAUAUUUGUAAUUCCAAAAGAAUUUUUGAGCUCUUGGUGACUUAGUACAAAAUCCUGAUGUCACAAAAUAUUUGUUGCCUGGAUAAACAUUACAAUAAAGUGCCUAAUUUGUAGGUGUUCAAACCAUG